UACAACUGGUGACAUACUGAUAAGCAUUAAGUGGAGAGCCUGAUCAUUUAAGAAAUAUGAAAACUCUAUCGGUAUUGAUUGUACUGGGAGCUCACUUACCCUUGGUGACAGGUAUUUUUAUGGUCACUGCUCCCAGAACGAACUAUAUUGCAUCCUAUGGAAAUAACAUUACAAUGGAAUGUCAGUUUCCAGUUGAAUCCAACUUUAAUGCAAACCAGAUAAAGGUGUACUGGCAUUAUGUGCUUGAUGAUGGAACUUCUCGAUUAGUUUAUCAGUUGAUGAACGGGAAACCAGUUCUUGAGGCCCAACCCCAGGAAUACCGAGAACGAGCAUUUCUGCUGUUGGAUGAACUCCGCAGAGGUCGUGCAGUGCUGGAGAUUAAUCAAGUUAGAGUUUCUGAUGCAGGGAUCUACCGCUGUCUUAUUGAUCUCAAUGGAGUGGAUUAUAAAGAGACUGCACUGGAAGUCAGAGCUUCUUACAAACACAUAGAGACCAUCAAAACAAAAGAAAAGAAAGAGACAGAGUUUGUCUGUCAAUCCAUCGGAUAUCCUUUAGCUGAGGUUAUCUGGUAUUAUGCAAAUGGAUCUGACAUUAAUGAAACAGCAAAUACUACCCACUUUACUGGCACCGAUGGAUUGUACAAUAUCAGAAGUGUACUUAGAAUAAAAGCAGAGACUAAUGAUGCUUAUUUGUGUAUGUUCUGGAAUAAGGAACUUAAUAUGAAUACUUCAGCUAUUUUACACAUUAAAGAAGUGGAAAAGACGGAUGAAAAUUUUGAUAAGUUCCCUUCAAAGAAGAGGAGUUAUCUCAUUGCAGCAAUUGUUGUUCCCGUGACAAUUCUACUUGGAUUCAUUAUGAUUGUGUCCUGCAUCCUAAAAUCAAAACAAAGUGAGCAAGGUAUCAAAAGAAUCUCUGACACCAGCUCAUUAAUAUGAAGCCUUCACUAUCAAAAUUGGGAAGAAUGCUUUCAAAUCCUAAAGUAUGUGAUUUGCUUUUGGAAACAGAAUUGUGUAUUUUU